AUGAUACGGCCAGUCCAGCUAACUCUAUGGCUCGGCAGAAAAGGUGAAAACACUCAGCUAUUGCGAAAUUACACGACGUUUGCUGGACUCUUCUCUAGAGAGAACAGUGUUGCGUCCCAGCUGCAAAUCUCCCAAAGCCUAAACAUCUCCAACUCGCUUAAAUUAAUCCAACCUCUGGCAACCAACUAA